AUGAACAGCCUCGUGGCCACACCGCCUGUCCCUCCUCACUUCUACGAAGCCUCCCGUCGCUCUCCAUCAUAUUCCAUGUCAUCGACGAACGCACCUGUGAACCGAAAGAGAAAGGCCGAAGAUGACUGUCUGCCUAGUGACGACACCCGCAUGUCGGCAUCGCCUUCAGGGUCUCCUGCUCUCCAUCCACGACCCUUAGCUCCCCGUCACCUCAAACGGUCAAGACCAAACGUUUCCGGCCGGCCGCUAUCUCUCCCCCGGCUAAUGGAGACGCUCGACACUGAAGCCCUGAGAUCCGUGUUGCGGUCUCUCUGUGAUCGUCACCCGGAAAUUGCCUCGGAAGUCAUGCACACUGCCCCCCGGCCCAGCGUCAGCGCAGCUCUUGAGGUCCUCAACAACUACCAGUCUACCCUACAGUCCUCUUUCCCGCUGGGCGGGAACCCUGCUUCCGACUAUGCAUACAAUCGAGUCCGCCAGCACCUUACCAAUCUCCUUGAAGCCUUGAACGAUUUUACACCUCAUUUCCUGCCCCCGAAUGAAUCUCAGCCAUCGACAUCCCUUAGCUACUUAGACGGAGCUACAGACAUCAUACACCGCCUUCCCCGAUGGACCACACCACAACAUAAUAUCGAGAAAUACGCAGCAUACGAAGAGAUGAGCAAAGCCUGGAGCCUGGUGAUUAGAGAGGCAGCAAAACGAGGAGGCGGUAUCCAACUGCAGUACGGAGGCUGGGACCAGAAACUGGCAAAGCAUAACGAAACAGCCGGAGGGAAACUUCAGGAUGCCGUUCACGAGCUGAACCAGAGCCUCGGGUGGAUUGGGGGCAAUGUCGGCAAUCAGUGCAAUUCGAAUAGCUCCCAGGGAGACGUCUCGUCAAUACGCCAGCAACUCAUGUCCGGAACCUACGGAGCUGGUCUGCCAUUAAAAGUUGGGCCAUGGUAA